GUCAUAAAACUUGGGAUGGUUCAAAUCUCCGACGUCGUAGCGUCUUCGUUUUCAAUCCGCACCUUCUGGCGCUCCAGUCAGCAAUGGCAACCGCGAGUCUUUAAGCUUCCACGCCAGAUGCAAUGGCAGUGUAAUCGCAAUUCGCAACCCGACAAUCUGGAGAAGGCGGAGAGAGAAAACGAACCCGAAGGAGAGGAGCAACCAGGCAUGGCCAGCUCCGCCGCAAUCGACGGUGUCGCAGCGGCGGCGCUCCGCUCGGUGCUGCAGCGCAUCCAGAAGGCAGCCGAAAAAUCAGCGCGCAAAGCCCAAGACAUCCGAGUGGUGGCGGUGAGCAAGACGAAACCAGUCUCCCUGCUCCGCCAAGUGUACGAGGCCGGCCAUCGCUGUUUCGGCGAAAACUACGUCCAAGAAAUCGUCGAGAAAGCUCCUCAGCUUCCGGAGGACAUUGAGUGGCAUUUCAUUGGGAAUUUGCAGAGCAAUAAAGUAAAACCCCUUCUAACCGGAGUACCAAACCUUGCAAUGGUAGAGAGUGUGGACGAUGAGAAGAUUGCUAAUCGUCUUGAUCACGUGGUUGGCAGCAUCGGGAGAAAGCCUUUGAAGGUCUUAAUCCAAGUGAACACCAGUGGAGAAGAAUCAAAAUUUGGUGUUGAGCCCUCUGGAUGUGUGGAGCUCGCAAAGCAUGUAACUUCGGGUUGUCCAUACCUUGAGUUUUGUGGUCUAAUGACAAUUGGGAUGCUAGAUUAUACUUCUACACCGGAAAACUUUAAGGUGAUGCUCCAACACACUACAUGUAAAUCUUUCUCCGAAGUUUCAGUUCCUCGGGUUUAUUGGCAAUUCUCAAAUCAAACUGUUUGUUGUCAGACGUUGGCGAACUGCAGAACUGAGGUUUGCAAGGCACUCGGAAUACCAGAGGAGCAAUGUGAGCUUUCAAUGGGCAUGUCUUCGGAUUUUGAGCUAGCGAUCGAAAUGGGGAGCACAAACGUGAGAAUUGGAUCGACAAUAUUCGGGCCGAGAGAAUAUCCAAAGAAACAAUCAAAUUAGCUGGACAAACUUGAUUCAUGUUCUUGUAAUUUUAUGCCGCGAUUUUGGAAAAUUGUAGUAAGAGUUCUAUGCCAUUUGAUGGCUGGACAUGCAAAUCAAACUGUACCUUGUAACUUGAACAGAUGAAAUCGAAUAAUAUAAAUCUCGAUUAAUAUUUGGUUA